AAUAAAGGCCUGUGAUGCUCUGCAUGCCUUUUGAAAUAGGAGAGCUUUGUGAUGUAGUCUGGUGAUCUGGUUCCAUCUUCUGUGAGGCAGAGAUGACAAGGUCUAGAAUUUGGGGGCAUUAGGUGCCAAGUUCUUGAAAGUCUAGGAAGAGAGAUGGCUCGUCAGGUUUAGAUUAUGUUGAGCCCUACCUUUAUUCUGUGGGAUGUUGGAUAUCCCUUAUAUGCUUAUGGCUCCAUUAUUAUUAUUGCAUUAAUUAUUUGGCAAGUGAAAAAGAGCCACCAAGAAUUUAGGUUGGGACCUAACAGGAGCUGUUGCCGGCGUCACCGGAGAGUCAAACAAAGAGCUAAAGAUAGAACAUCAAGAGCUAGGAGACUUUCCCGGGAAGAAGCUGAGAAGCCAUGGGAGCUGCUCUCUGUCAUGAAAAGCCAGGGCUGGCUUCCUAAGGAGGGAAGUGUUCGGCGGCUCCUGUGUGCAGAUCCUUCCUGCCCCAUUUGCAAUGCUGUGGCUCUGGAGAUUCAGCAGUUGCUGGCGGGUGAGAACAGCCUGAUCUCUCCCCCUUCAUCAGGGCCAUCACAAGGCUCCUCUUGCCUAGAGAUUUUGUCCAUGUCUAGUCUCUCUUUGGAGCAGAGUCAGGGUUCCCUGCACUCCAAAGAUCUUCCACUUCCAUCUGUAACCUCCACAAUGUCACAAUUAAUGGAUCAGAAAUGCUUAAAACACUCAGCUGCUCAGAGAGCCAGUGUCAGCAUCCCAGACCACCAGGCUGAAUGCCUCCGGCAAAAAAAGGGAUUUCAAGUGCCAGAUGUUCCCUGGGAUGCAGGAGCUCUGUCUUCUUCAAGCCUUGAGGAGCCUAGGACUCCUGUGAUUCAGCAGGACAAGAGGAAGAGCCACUCCGAAGGUGUACUAAAAAAACAAGCUGCAGAAACUUGCUUGGGAAAUAAGAUGAAGCUCUUUCCACACUGGAUUAACCCCGAGGUGAAAGGUCAAGGGCAUAAGGAAUCCAUUCUCUCUAAGGAUGAGACAGUGGCUAACACCAUGACAAAAAAGGUUGAGAAGAGUCCACCCUCCACCAAACACCCUGUGAGAGGAGCCAAGUGGGAGAAAAAAACAGAAGAGGAGGGCAUAACCUUCUUUGAUGUCCCCCAAUUUCAGGACAAUGAACUCAAGCAACAACCCCUUCAGUCCAGAUGCUCUUGGCUCCUGGGCCUUCCCCACAACAACUCCAAGCACUGUUCUCAGCUGACUGGUGACACUCAACCAGAACAUCCACCCCAGAUCUCAGCUCUUACCUUGGCAGAAGGUACUGGUCUAUACAAGAGAAUACCCAAUCCAGGAAAAAGGAGUUCAUAGGUUCCCAAUCCUCUGCAUUCCCAUGAAAAAAGGUUGUCAUCAUCAUUUCUGUUAAUGUGCAGGUGAAGCAGGACCCUCUCCAAAUAUACUCUAUACCUCUAAGCAAAGAA